AAACAUUUAGAUUACUAGUCAAAGCUCUCAUUUAUCUAAGAAACUGGUUUGAUAAUUAAAAAGAGUGUGAGCGAGACGAUCCAAGUCUUCAGUUUCUGCUUUCUUCAAUUGAAAGGUGACUUGUUUUUUGAGUUUCGAAAGCAAUGGCGGGGUCACAGGCUAAGCUGGAGAAGAUGAAACUCCGUCAGGAUUACCGGAACUUAUGGCACUCCGAUCUCAUGGGCACUGCCACCGCCGACACUCCCUAUUGUUUCCUCUCAUGUUUUUGUGGACCUUGUGUUUCAUACAUGCUUCGGAGAAGAGCACUUUACAAUGACAUGUCAAGGUAUACUUGCUGUGCUGGAUAUAUGCCUUGUAGUGGGAGAUGUGGAGAAAGCAAAUGUCCUCAACUUUGCCUUGCCACUGAGGUUUUCCUCUGCUUCGGAAACUCUGUGGCCUCCACCCGCUUUCUUCUGCAGGACGAGUUCAACAUUCAGACAACACAAUGCGACAAUUGCAUAAUUGGAUUUAUGUUCUGCCUCAGCCAAGUUGCUUGCAUAUUCUCUAUAGUUGCUUGCAUUGUUGGUAGCGAUGAGCUUUCUGAGGCUUCACAGAUACUCUCUUGCUGCGCUGACAUGGUCUACUGCACGGUCUGCGCAUGUAUGCAGACACAACACAAGCUUGAGAUGGACAAAAGAGAUGGAGUGUUUGGAUCUCAACCAAUGGGAGUGCCGCCAGCGCAGCAGAUGUCCCGUUUUGAUCAACCCGCCCCUCCAGUUGGAUACCCUCAGUCCUAUCCACCGCCUGCCCAAGGCUACCCUCCUGUUCAAGGCUACCCUCCUGCAUCUUACCCGCCUCCUGGUUAUCCCCAACAUUAAGAAUCUUAACCAGUAUUUUCAUUUUCUGUGUCAAAUUGUUAUUGUUACUUGGUUUAGGUAUGCAGACUAUUAUUUUGUUCAGCUUUGUCCUCGGUUAUGCGAUUUCUUUUGAAGCAUUGUUUUUCGGUAUAUGUCUGUGAAGCUUUGCUAUCAUUAACUGGGUUUGUUGAUUUUGGUA